ACAUAUGCACCCCCUUUCCAACCACCUCCCAUUUGCGUAUGACUUUAAGCUGAGCCUGUUUUAUAAGUCUUCGUCUUCUCAUUACCUUCACCCAUGAAGCCUUCGUCUUCUCAUUACCUUCCCCCAUUACUUCAGGUUCGCAGUUUUACACAAAAAGCUGACCUUUUCUCUCAAGUCUUUGUGUUUUCAUCACCUUCAUCCAUUACUACGACUCAGAAGGUUUAUAUGAACAGGCUAGAAUUAUUUUCUGCUGCAAUCCAUGGAUAAUACAUCGGUGAACACCAUUAGCUUGAAAGCCUUGGUGGACAAGGAGCGCAACCAAAUUAUGUUCAUAGAGUCGGGAAAUGAUUUUAUUGAUGUUCUAUUGAGUUUCUUGACAAUCCCCAUGGGGACAAUUAUCGGGCUGGCACCUAAUCAAUCAGAACCUUUAGAAAUAGGUUGUAUGAAAAAUUUGUAUGCAAGUGUUGAGAAUAUGGAUGUAAAGCACUUCCGGUCUAAAGCAUGUAGAGACAUGUUGUUAUGUCCCCCGAAUGGGUCCGAAGUUCAUUGCAAGAACCUCAAACUGAAGAUUGACCGUAGUGUGCCCACACGGUACUAUACCUGCUCAAACAGUGAAUGUCCUGCGUUAAGUUAUAGCUCUGGUGUUAAAUGUGAAUGUUGUGGAAGAUGGAUAGGGACAGAGAGACAACUUUCAGCGAUUCAAGAUGGAGACUUCUUUGUGACAGGACUAGCCAGACUUAUAAUUAGUGAUGAUUUACAAUUGAUGCCUCCUUUAACUGCAGAAAGCCUUUCAGUAUUUUCAGAGCUUGGAGUCAUGAAUGGUACUACUACUGAGGAGGUGACUUUCAAUGUCGGAUCUGAUGAGGUUUUGAAAUUGCUUGUGCUCUCAUUAGCAUCAAAGACACCGCUGACAGAAACUCUGCUAAAGAAUAAACCAAUACGGAAAUUGAGCAAUGAAAAUCAAGUAAUAGAUUUUGAACCUGAAAUUGCAGAAGGCACAACGAAUCCGAACGGAAACAUUUCUGUCAAGCUUAUAGUGAGCAAAUCCAAGAAGAUGGUUUGCUAUGCAGAAGUACGGGAGGAUUUUGUGAGUUUACUCCUCAGUUUCCUAACUAUUCCACUGGGUUUCAUUGUAAACAAAAUGCGUGAUUGCUCAUUAAAAGGAUGCAUUAGUCAGGUGUUCAAGAGUGUCCAAGAUCUUGACAAUCACUACAUAUCGAACUACCACAAAGAAAUACUACUCAGUCCCAAGCUUGCCCCCGGUUGUUGCUAUGACAACCAUCUCUUAGGAAUUGAGGAGGCCACAUUUUAUUGUGCAGGUAGCUGUUAUGCAGGUAACUAUUUCAGUUACAAGCUGUCUACUGAUAAAACUCUUAUCGCUUCUAGUAUAAGUGCUGCUGAAGGUCCUAUCAAGUCAAUGAAAGUCAUGGGCCCCAAAUCCUACCAAGAUCAAGAUAAAGGAGUUAAAGGCCAAGGAUUUUUAGGACCGGCGAUGUUCACAGUAACUGAUGAUUUGAUCAUAAGACCUAUAUCUCUAAUCCUUGGCCUGUCUCUCCUGAAUGAAUUGAAGGUGCCUUCGACUGACAUUGAAGCGAAAAUCGUGCAUGUGGGAAAAGAGGAGGCCUUGCGUCUUUUGGUGGCUUCUUUUGUUUGUGACUCUGCGCUAACCAACGUCUUCAUUAGGGAGCCAAAGCAGAACAAAGGACCAAGGCAAGAACAAAGUUGAAGGCCUGAUUAUAAAUAUGUUACAAACUCGAACUCUAAUAUGUAUUUUUGUGUGAGAAUACUUGUUCGCACUCUCGUUUAUACGUAUUUGCUAUAUGAUCUGCAUAGCGUGUUGCCGGAUUACUAAUAUAAAUUCUGGGGUUGAGAAUU